AUGGUGAAAAGCUGGGGCAAACAUGACUUUCACAUCCGAGUGUGGCUGCAUCCGUUCCAUGUCAUCCGCCUCAACAAGAUGUUGUCCUGUGCUGGGUCUGACAGGCUCCAGACAGGGAUGCAAGGGGCCUCUGGAAAGCCCCAGGGCACUGUGGCUAGGGUCCAUAUUGGCCAAGUCAUCAUGUCCAUCCGCACCAAGCUUCAAAACAAGGAGCAUGUGACUGAGGCCCUACGCAGGGCCAAGUUCAAGUUUCCUGGGUGUCAGAAGAUCCCCAUCUCCAAGAAGUGGGGCUUUACAAGCUUCCUGCUCACAUCCUGCUCCCGCUUUGUCUCUUCAAUACCAUCCAUCUCUGCAGAACCAGGCUCUUUGAUAGAAGGAGCCAGCGCCCAUCUCACCGUCCACUCGAAUCCCAAUGACAUUGUCGCCACUUCGUGGUUCCGGGGCCACAAGGCCCAGCCGUCAGCCAUGAUCUUCUCUCCUGAGGGCCUCCCAGGAGCUGGGCACACUGGCCGAGAGAUCCUAGGCCCCCAAGGCAGCCUCAUCAUCAGAAAUUUGACUGCUCAAGACUCGGGGAGCUACACUGUAGAGCUGCAGACCAGUAGGGGACGCAGGAGCGCAACAGAGCAGAUAGAUGUCAAGGCCAGCAACCCUACAGUGUUAAUCAUAUCACACCCAUCGUCUUUUCUGGACAACAUCAAGAGUGACCUCAACUACUCAGUGAUCAUGUUGUGUGCGACAUCACAAUACAACACUUUGACUUGGACGCUGAACGGGGAGCCCUUCUGGUUCCAGAAGAGGUUGAUCAUCCGACGGUUGUCCAAGGAACACUUGGGCACUUACGUGUGCACAGCCAAGAACAACAUAGGACUGAUGUCCUCAGACAAGGUGACCAUUUCGCUUCCAGAAGCUGAGCAAGAGCCCAUCGAGCCGGACCCAGUCUUCUCCCUGUCAGGACUGCCUGCCAUUGUCUUCUUGGUGACUGCGAUUCUGGGGGUCAUGGUACUGAGCGGCGGCAUAGCCUUCACCAUAUUCCAGAGCCAGAGCUGCCAUCGGCCCCAAUUCAUCAUGACCCCCAUGCACAAGGGAACAGAACGGUGCCUGGUGGCCUUGCUCCACCUCCAUACUCAGUUGCAGAUGGAACGUUGUGAUCCCUAG